GAUUGGCGCCGGUGUGUGUUGGGGCGGAGCCGGGAGCGGGAUCCAGGCAGGGUCGGGCCGGGCGGAGAUGAAGCGCCGCGCCCCCGAUCGUGAGGCCGAGGACUGGGCCCCGGCAGCGGCGCGGCGCCGGCGGCAGGAGGAGGAGGAGGAUGAGGAGGAGGAGGAGGAGGCGGCGAGUGGGCCCGCGGAGGGAAGCGAGCAGGAGGCGGCCGCCAGCAGUGAUGAUGAGGAUGAGAGCCUGGAGCUGCGGCCGGGGCUGGGGAUGGCCGGCCUUGCUGAGGCUGGAGGAUCAGCCGAGGCCCUGGCCACCGACUCCGAACCCGCCAAGUACGCCAUGUACAACAGCGUGUCACAGAGGCUCAUGGCCAAGAUGGGUUUCCGUGAAGGGGAAGGUCUGGGCAAGUUUGGCCAGGGCCGGCGGGAGAUUGUGGAGGCAUCCGUGCAGAGGGGCCGCCGGGGGCUGGGCCUCAAGGUGAAGGGCUUCGACGGAGACCUGGACGUGGAAUGGCAGGAGGAGGCCGAGCCCAGUGCCUUCGAGAGGGUGGAAUGGUUUCCGGAAUGUUCCCAGGAGAUCCCGCAAGCUACAGAGCUGUGCGACUGGAUGUGUGUCGGUCAGCGCAAGAUGGAGAUUGAGGACGAGACCGAGUUCUGUGACGAAGAGCUUCUGAGCGACCUGCUGCGGUGUAAGAGUGUGUUUGAUGAGCUGGAGGGUGAGGAGAUGAGGCGAGCACGGACCCGCUCCAACCCCUACGAAACCAUCCGUGGGGUCUUCUUCCUCAACAGGGCGGCGAUGAAGAUGGCCAACAUGGACCAUGUGUUUGACCGCAUGUUCACCAACCCGCGCGAUAGCCAGGGGCGGCCGCUGGCACGUGACCGUGACGGGGAGCUGCUGUACUUUGCUGACGUGUGUGCGGGCCCGGGGGCUUUCUUCUCGGAGUACGUGCUGUGGAGGCGGCGCUGGCAUGCCAAGGGCUUCGGCCUCACCCUGCGCGGCCCCAACGACUUCAAGCUGGAGGACUUCUUCGCUGCCUCCAGCGAGCUCUUCGAGCCCUACUACGGUGGGGGGGGGGUGGAUGGUGACGGGGACAUCACUCGGCCGGAGAACAUCAGCGAGUUCCGUCGCUUCGUGAUGGAGAAUGGAACAUGAGCACCGGGGGUGCACUUCCUCAUGGCCGACGGGGGGUUCUCGGUGGAGGGACAGGAGAACCUGCAGGAGAUCCUCAGCAAGCAGUUGCUGCUCUGCCAGGUGCUGGUGGCACUCAGCGUGGUGCGGACAGGCGGUCACUUUGUGUGUAAGACCUUUGACCUGUUCACACCGUUCAGCGCUGGCCUCAUCUACCUGCUCUUCCUCUGCUGCUUCGACCGCAUCUCCCUCUUCAAACCUCUCACCAGCCGGCCCGCCAACUCUGAGCGGUACGUGGUGUGCCGGGGGCUGCGGGAGGGGGCGGACGCGGUGCGUGACUACCUCUUCAGCACCAACCAGAAACUGAACCAGCUGAGGGACACGGGGCAGGAUGUCACCUCCCUCGUGCCCCCCGACCAGCUGCACGCCCAGGACACCUUCUGUAGCCACCUCCGCCACUCCAACGAGAGCCACGCGCUGCAGCAGCAGGUCAAGGCUCUGGCGAAGAUUCAUGCCUUCAUCCGUGAUCCAAACCUCAACGAGCUGCGUCAGGCGGACAUACGCAAGGAGUGCCUGAAGCUGUGGGGGAUACCGGACAAGGCUCGAGUCACACCCUCCUCCUCCGACCCACGCAAUCGCUUCCAGCAGCUCAUCCAGGGUGGGGAGGUGGAGUCGUUCAGCUCACGGCCCACGCUGCUGUCCCCGGACACCAUCGACCGCAUCUCCCACGUGCUGGAUUACCGCUGCAUGGUGGCGGGGGGCGAGCAGAACUUCCUGCUGGGGGCAGGGAAGUCACAGAUCUACCUGUGGGACGGGGAGACGCCGAUGCGAUGGAAGAAGCUGGAGAACUUCAAGACGGAGCUGCCCAGGGAGACGCUGCUCCUGUGUGGAAUCAUCCAGGAGCUGAAGGGAGAGGGCAAGGCCCAGAGACGGAUCAGCUCCAUCCACAUCCUGGACGCUCUCAUCCUCAACGGCACCGACAUCCGGGACCAGCACUUCAACCAGAGGAUCCAGAUGGCGGAAAAGUUUGUCCGGGCUGUGUCCAAGCCCAGCCGCUCCGACAUGAACCCCAUCCGCGUGAAGGAGGUGUACAGACUGGAGGAUCUCGACCGGAUAUUUGUCAGGUUGGAGAUGAAGGUGACGAAGGGUUCGGGGGGGGUUCCCCGUCUCUCCUACACUGGCCGUGACGACCGGCACUUCCUGCCCACCGGCCUGCACGUGGUGAAGACCGUCAACGACCCCGGGAGCAUGGUGUAUAGUCGCUCCACUGGACGCAAGUACUUCUACAACACUCACUCGCAGGAGACCACCUACGAGCUGCCCCCCGACUCUGGUCACCCCCUUUCCCCUGUGUGUCACCAGCAGCGACUGUUCUGGACCUGGGAGGAAGGGGUGCGUGUACAUGACUGCCAGACUCGCCGUGACCCCGGCAAGCUGUCCAAGGACGACGUGCUCUCCUUCAUCAAGGAGCACCACCAGGCCUAGGGAUGGGAGUGGGGUCUCCCUGCCCCCCCGGGCCCCCCCGGGCAUCCACACCCCUCUCUGGGCAACGGUCUCCGAGCUCCGGCAUCUGCCCCAGUCUGAUCCGAUCCGCUCCAGCCUCUCCGGGAACUGCCCGGGUCGGACUUCAGUCCCCAUUCUAAGGUCGUCUGUGUCCCCCCCCCCCCCCCCCC